GGGCGCAUGCGCGCGAGGGAGCGCGCACCCUGUCCGAUCUUGUAGAGUCCGAGAACUGUGGAGGCUGGAGAGGAGUGGCCGGAGCCGCCCGGUGAGGCUUCUGGAAAGUAGCUGAGGGAACUGGUCAGCGGGACAGAGUAUCUGUAUUUCUGUGUCCAGCAGUGUGACUCACCAUGGAUAAUCUGUCCCCAGAGGAAGUUCAGCUGCGGGCUCACCAGGUUACUGAUGAGUCUCUGGAAAGCACAAGGAGAAUCCUGGGUUUAGCCAUUGAGUCUCAGGAUGCAGGAAUCAAGACCAUCACUAUGCUGGAUGAGCAAGGGGAACAACUAAAUCGCAUAGAAGAAGGCAUGGACCAAAUAAAUAAAGACAUGAGAGAGGCAGAGAAGACUUUAACAGAACUCAACAAGUGUUGUGGCCUCUGCGUCUGCCCUUGUAAUAGAUUCUCAGUUGGUGACUGUUUCCUUGAAACCAGGACAAAGAACUUUGAGUCUGGAAAGAACUAUAAGGCAACAUGGGGAGAAGGUGGCGACAACUCACCUAGCAAUGUAGUAUCUAAGCAACCGAGCCGGAUCACAAAUGGUCAGCCUCAGCCAACUACAGGAGCAGCCAGUGGUGGAUACAUUAAACGUAUAACUAAUGAUGCCAGAGAAGAUGAGAUGGAAGAGAACCUGACUCAAGUGGGCAGCAUCCUAGGCAACCUAAAGAACAUGGCUCUGGAUAUGGGCAAUGAAAUUGAUGCUCAAAAUCAGCAAAUACAGAAGAUCACAGAAAAGGCUGAUACCAACAAGAAUCGAAUUGACAUUGCCAAUACAAGAGCAAAGAAACUCAUUGAUAGCUAAAGCCCUGCUGUACUUCUUUGCCUGUUAACUCAGUUCUCUAGCUCCGCUGAGUCAUUUCUUAUUCAGAGUUUGAAAGGCUGUGAGAAGGAGCGGAGGAGGAAUGCCUCUCUACUUUCUUACUUUGUCUUUUGGGGGUAGGUUCUUGCUCAGGCUUCCUUACAGUCUUUCUCAGUCACUCUCAUAGGCUUCUUUCCAUACAUCACCGUCUCUUCAUCUCAUCAUAUAGCUUCCUUUUGCGUUCAAGAUUUGGAAGCAUUGCCAAAGAGCCAUGAAAGAGGCAGCUGUAUAAGUAGCUUUUGUUAUUAUUGGUUGGUUGGUUUGGUUUUGGUUUUGUGGUAAAGAGCAAGAGGAAGGAAUAGGAAAUGAAGCUGACUCAUUAAAGAAACUACAGGUCACAAAAACACAGACGAGUGCUUGGGGUGGGAGCUUUCACACAUGUGUUUUGUUCUGCAUCACUGUUUUUCAGUUUCUGCUCCAAAGGAGAAUACUAUGAGUUUUCUAGAAGUGAGCUUCACUUCUGAACCCAUAGUGAUGUGUGUGUAUAUACAUAGGUUCUUGGAUCCAGUUUCAUAUUGCACAUGCAGGAACAGUAUAUAAAUGAGUGCCUUUUAUUCUCACACAAUAAGUCAUAGCAUGUAGGCCUGUUAACUUCAUGAAGUUGACAGUAGCCUUUAAAAGAUACACACACACACACACACACACACACACACACACACACACAUGAAAUAGGAGAUUUCCUCAAAGUUUUUGCAAAACUUUUACAGUGUAUCAUGUGAAUUCAGAUUUACCUCAAUACUAAGAAUUAUGUUUAGAUAUGAAAAAAACUUGUUUUGAUCUCAGGUAGAAAAAUAGAUUGCUUUGAGUUUUGUGUAGUUUUAAACAUUUAAAAAGUCAUAAUUUGCUACUAAAAGUUGUCUGGAAAAUUAUGCCUUUGGAUUAUUGAUGACCGCACUGCCAUUCUCUCUGCCUUACGCACAGAAUCAAGUUUAUGUAGAUCCUGAAGUGUUAGGAAAGCUGAAAUGGUAUUUGUCACAUUUGUUUAAAAAUUAGCAUCUGUACACUUUAGAGCUACUAAAGUAGAUUGGUUUCACCAAUAACCAUUGCUUUAUUCUUACAAUUAAAUUUUAUAAUUAAUGAUAUUGUUCUUUCAAAUAGGUAAUGUUUCUAUGACUUAUUUGUGGGGGCAAUCAUUUUAUCAGCUUUUGUUGACAUUAAAUAAAGCAAAUGUCCAUACAUCAAGCA